AUGUCAAAUGAUAUAUCUCUUGGAGUUGAUAUUUUCAUUUUGACACUGGAACUUAUUUGUUCAAGUAUCAAUGGGUGCAUUCUGUUCUUUUUUAUUUCAAAGCAGGGCCUCCGAAAUAAUAAACAUAUCAAAUUACUGAUUUUCUUAUCAGUGGGAGAUUUUCUUCUCGCAAUUUGUGAGAUACCAUAUAUCAGUUACAUGGUGAUAAAUUGGAGAGAAACGAUAAUUGAUUAUGAUCCCUUGUAUAUUAUGGUCACAGCUCAGCCGUUACCAUUGCAACUGAAAAUUUCAGCAACGGUUACUGUAGGGAUAGCUUUGAGCAGGAAUAUCGCACUGUUCUUCCCUGCAUUUUACCGCCGAAUGGACCAAGAGCUCCACUCGAACGCAGUUAUUGCAGCUGCCCUAAUUUUUGCGAUCUUUGAUGACUUCUUAUAUUGGUACACAACUACUAUUGAGCAUCAUAUCAAUUGUGGAACUAUAGGGUGUUUUGUGAGUGAUCAAUUUCGGUACUACUGGGGAAUAUCCAAUAUGGUCCUGGGAUUCAUAGCAGUCUUCCUAUCGAUAACGAUUUUUUGGAAAUUGAAUUUGGUCUCAAAGGAUCGUGAUUCCAUCCAACAAGCCAGUUGUAAAUACGCCAAAGCAAAUCGCAUCUCAACUGGAAUCCUUGUAUCAUCUUUACUAUUUCUCACAAUACCAAGUAUCGGAGUAGGUAUAGUUGAGCUCUCAGGAUUCUCAAUUUUCAAGCUAGUUGGGCCAUUUUACUCAGCCUGUUUGCUUGUCAGUGGUUGUUGCAAUGGGAUCAUUUUCAUAACUGGUAACUGGGAUAGCAUUCACCCAAAACCUACAACAUCGUCUAUUCUAGUUACAAGAAUUGCCCCAAUUGAUUCAGGACAUAGCUAA